AUGGGCGCUUGCUGCUCUUCAAAGAAGAAGAAUCAGGGAGAAGUUGGAGAAAUCCGAGAGGACGACUUGAAGGGAAUCUUCAGAGAGUUCGAUCUCAAUGGCGAUGGAUUCAUUCAGAGGGAAGAACUCCGUGCGGUGAUGCAAAAAAUGGGUCAGUCUCCAACUGAAGACGAGCUUGACGCCAUGUUCGAAGCCGCCGACAAGGACCAUGAUGGAAAUAUUGACUUCCAAGAGUUCCUUGUGAUUGCCAAAGCGAAUCCAUUGUCACUUUCACUGAAGGCAGUGUUCGAGGAGUUGGACGUCGAUGGAGAUGGCUACAUCACUAGAUCUGAACUUCGAACUGCUUUCCAAAGAAUGGGUCACUCUCUAUCGGAUCAGGAUAUCAAGGCAAUCUACAGACACGUCGACCAGAACAACGACGGAAAAAUCAAUUUCUCAGAAUUCUGCGAGAUGAUGACCCGCAGAAAGUGA